UCGCUGCUGCUGCUGGAAGUCCACAGCUGACCCGUUUGGACUGGUGGUGAACACGCCCGGUUGUUAGCUUUAGCUGUCCUCCUGUAAGUUCCACGUGUCUCAUCUCUUUUAGGACGAGAUAAGAUGAAGCCGUCAUUUCUGCUGCUGUUGGCUCUGUCGGUUCUGACCUGGGCCCGGCCUCCAGACUGCGAGGACCAGGGCUUGUCCUCCUCUGACUUUCCAGGUACGCGUGUGUUCAAGUUUUCCAAGUGUGCUGCAUCCAGAGUUUUCACGUGGUUGGAUCAACAAUUAGACUCGCUGGGCAGCACCCAGGUCACUCUAGAUCCAGCUCUGGAGAACCAACACCCCGAAAGACCGCCUGCCAAAAAACCUCAUCAGCUUUCUUUACCAAUGAGGAGAAAUAUGGCCGACUCUAAAUCUUUCCAUUUUGAUGAAACCAACCUGGAGUGGAAGACCACUUACGGCAGCAUCCCCAGCGGGGCCGUGUCCAUCUACAACAGCUACUCUAAACGCGUGGACUACAUCUGCAAAGUGGGCUGCAACGCGGGCUAUUACAACCCAGAGAGCAGUAGCGAAUGCAACUUCUCCAACAAUGGGUACGGGUACAGCGAGUCGCCAUUUGAGCUGCUGGUCAACAAAGACAACUUUGAGGUUUUGCUGUGGAAACAAGGCUCCUAUGGUUCCGUGACCCCAUUUUCUAUUAAGACCUGCCAGAACGAAGACAUAUACGUUGGUAAGAAUGAGUACGGUUUAGGGAAAGUGAAGGUCAGUGAUCAGGCCUUCUACCUUCCCUGGGGGAGCACUGAGUACUGGUACCGUGACUAUCAGGUCCUGGAGUUGGAGAAAGACGUAAGAAAAGAGGACAUGAUGGAUGUCCAGUACCACACAGAUGGCGUCACUCCCAUAGCGUAUCCUCCUGAGGUCUUGAACAAGGAUACGGUCGCCAACUACCACUGCCAGCCCAUCAAACGUACAUCCACCCUUUCAAAGAGCAUCUCAAGGUCCAACAAGUGGGACACCACCUUCUCCUUCACGGCGGGAGUCGGCACCACAAUCAAAACCAGAAUCCCCUUCAUUGUUCAAGGACAGAUUCAGUUUCGGGGUUCUGCAAGCUACAAGUUGGUCAAAGGGAGCACUCUUACCGAGACAACCACCCACUCUCUUGCCGUGGACACCGUGGUCCCGGUCGGCCACUCGUGCACCAUCACCAUGCAGGGAAAGAAGUACGGCAUGGACAUCCCGUACACAGCGCGCCUCAAGCGCACCUACAGCAACGGAGAGACCACGUGGACGAGCGUCACUGGCACCUACAGGAGCGUCCAGGUCUCAGAAGUCCAGGCUGUGGUGGACCGCUGUGACCGUCUACCUCACACCAAACCUUGUUAGGACAGCACACAUCACUCGUACGUCGCUUUCGUGUCCAACUGAAAUAAAACUAAUAAAGACAAACCAUUCA